AUGGACCGUGGAAAAAGUCCGGUUUCAACUCUCACGAUAGGAACUAUGGGAUAUCUUGGUUCUGAGUACCUUCAAUACGGUAAAGCAACUGAGAAAGCCGAUGUUUUGAGCUAUGGCGUAGUUAUUCUUGAACUAGCCAGUGGGAGAAGGCCGAUUGAGAGGGAAUCAGAAAGCCAUAAAUUGGUGAACUUAGUGGAUUGGGUAUGGAAGCUGCAUUCCGGAGGAAAGAUAAUCGAAGCAGCGGAUAAAAACAUAAACUGUAUUUUCGGUGAAAAAGAGAUGAAAACGCUUCUGCUUAUAGGCCUCUGUUGA